AUGCAUGCCUGUUACCCCACAGUCGGCGAGAUGCACUGCACGCUGCACAGGUCCUAUCGCGGCCUCUCCAUGGUUUGCCCAGAGCCGAGCGUAGCCAUGCCGUCCUCGCUCUCCAUGCGCGGUCAGCCCCCAUUCUUCUUUUCUUCUGACAGCACCAUAUCCACCUUGGCACCGCUCUUCGUCACGCGUCCCGGUAUCGGCUCUCGUGGGGGUUACGCAAAAUUCUGUAAUCCUCCCAUGGCUGCUAUGCUGAGCGCGAUGAGGGCCGUAGCGGCUGCGGAAAGCGUCGGCGGGCCCACAACGGACCUCCGACAAUUAAACUCCUUCCCCACCAUGACCAUUGGCUUGCACGCAUUGAGCAUUGAAACGCCUUUUCUUUUACCAAAAUGUCGAUGCGUUGUAAUCUAG